CGAACAGGAGACCUACGUGCAAACUGCAGACGCCGUACACCUUCCAAACAUCUCAUACUGCAUUGGUUGAGAAUUGGUUGCACGUUUUGAUUGCCAGCCAGGUGUGCAUGCAAUGACAUUGACAUGAACUCGCAAAAGCAAGCAUAACAGCAAUCAUGAGCAAUUUCGGUACCUUCGGCAGCUUUGAGCUCAACUCUAUUCUGCGUGGAGCACAGCUUACAGUUGUUGGCGCCCAUCGCGCACUUCAGAAUCCUGGCAUUUUCACCAGUGAUCACUAUCGUCAGGCUGCAAUAGCAGUAGCAGCCGGAAUUGCAAUCAGACUGGCCCUCUCAAUUCCCACAAUCGGCAUUCGAGUUUUCAUACAAUUUCUCGGCCUGUUCACAGAUCUCGAAGAUGUGACAUGGGAUAACGAUAUCAUCGAUGGCGUACAGUUCAUCGAGCAUUCCGUGCUGCAGGUCCCUUUCUUUCUCAUGAGCCUGAUGAGAUAUCUGAGUCCAGCAAUGGACGGCAUGUUCAUGGACUCUCUCAACUGGGUAGAUUCUACCUACAUCCGCAAGCAUCAAUCAGAGGACCCGACUCAGCUUCGUGCGAUGUACUACCCCAACUUGCGCCUGUAUAGCUCGGCUACAGAGAAGAAGGAGAAGAAGAAUCCUCGUGGCGCCUUAUUUGCCUUCCUUCAACGCUUUGGUAAAAGAGCUGCAUUGUCACUCGGAGUCUACUUGCUCUCGUUCCUGCCCGUCGUUGGCAGAUUUGUGCUGCCUGCUGCGAGUUUCUACACAUUCCACAAGGCAGUCGGUCUUCCACCGGCUGUGCUCGUUUUCGGCAGCUCCCUGUUUCUUCCCAGAAAAUACUUGGUCAUGUUUCUGCAAAGCUAUUUCUCAAGCCGCAGUCUCAUGCGAGAAUUGCUCGAGCCAUACUUCUCACGCAUUCGAUACACGCCACAGCAGAAGAAAGCCUGGUUCCACGACCGAGAAGGUGUCCUCUACGGCUUCGCGCUGGCAUUCUUCGUGUUCCUCAAGAUCCCACUUCUCGGCGUUCUCAUCUAUGGUAUUGCAGAAGCGUCGACGGCGUACUUGAUCACCAAGAUCACUGAGCCACCACCACCUCCAGCAGAAGCGGAAGAGUUCAAGAAGAAGGAUGUCCGAUGGGUGAACAAACACGAAUUUCUGCAGCUGCCGUUGGAUGGACUGGACAAAUUCAAUAUCGCGGAGAAGUCCAAUAGUUCAGCGGAACGCCUGAAGACGCCUCUGCGGCAGCAAUUUACUUAAAUUUGGGCAUUACACAGUAGCAAUUUUCUGUUCAAAGAUUCAGGUGAGCUUGAACGAGGCUGUGGACGUUGACGCUUGUCAACGUGUGGUUUCAGCCCCAAAUUAUCCGGAAGGACUUGCGCUGUUGAGAUGCUAUCCUCCUCGGCUGUUGGACUGUGGUCAGCCGAUGAGCUGCUCGUCUCGGCGGCCACGAGACUGGACCGUUGCAACAAUUAAUCAUGCUUGCUGUGGCAGUGCAAAUUUUCAAUGUGAAGCUGUCCCUCGUCUUGGUCCUCCGCGCGUUCCACCAGGUGUGAAUGUCGCUGCGGGCUUGGCAAUACGGAGUACCUUCCCGGAUAUCUUGCGGCUCCAACAGGUAGAUAUCAGUGGGUCCUGCAUUCGUGACUGCAGGCCUGAUCCUGGAAUAUAUUCAUACCGCGUGAUCCCAUAUAUGCAAAGCUUGUUUAUCGCGACG